ACAGCUGUUAUCUCAAACGUUGCGGGGUGGAGUCUGAUCACCUCCCAUGCUUCUUGGACUAAAAGACACCCCUUCCUCCUCUGUUUCCCUUCUCCUCUUGGAGCCCCUCUAUAUAGAUUCCAAGCUUUGUGUACCAACCUAUUCCACCCUCGGGCCUCUGGGAGAUGGGUGGAGCUCUUCUGCGGCUCCUGGGCUUCUGCUUCUGGGCAUUUCUAUGGCUCUCCAGCUUCGUCGCAGUGGACGCUGUUGGGGCUUCUCCGCCUGCUGGGGCCAGCAAGGGGACCGCCGUCGUCGAUGGGACAACUGCCAUUGCGGUCACUGACGAUGACUUCGUUUGCGCUACGCUGGAUUGGUGGCCGCCGGAGAAGUGUGAUUACGGGACUUGUAGCUGGGGCCUCGCAUCCGUGCUCAAUCUGAAUCUUUCCAACAAGAUUUUAUUGAAUGCUGUUAAAGAAUUUUCUCCAUUGAAACUCCGCAUUGGGGGCUCCUUGCAAGAUAAGGUCAUAUAUGGCGUGGAUCCUCAACAGCCAUGUACUCCUUUUGUUAAGAAAAAAUCUGAGAUGUUUGGUUUUUCUCAAGGCUGCCUACCCAUGCAUAGAUGGGAUGAACUCAAUGGUUUCUUCAAAAAAGCCGGAGCUGUAAUCAUUUUUGGGCUGAAUGCCCUUAAUGGAAGGGUUCAUUUGCCGGGUGGUUCUUUAGGAGGACCCUGGAACUCCACCAACGCUGCAUCUUUUAUUCACUACACUGUCAAUAAGGGUUACACUAUCCAUGGUUGGGAGCUUGGUAAGAGUCAUGUCCCAUUUAGAUUCCUCACUUCAUAAAGAUUUUGCUCAAUAGAGAUAGUACUGAAGUUAGAAUAAACAAUGACAAAAGAUUAACAAACAGCUGAUCUAAUUCAAUGGGAUGUUAAAAAUCUUUUAUAUUUAA